GUGCUGCGAACCCUCUAUUAGGCUCUAAAACCACGCGCCGACGCUGCCCGCGCGCGCGGUGUCAUCGAGAGGCGCCAUCCGUUCACGGCCGAGCUCCGCCGCGCAAUCGUAGGGAGAACUGAGCUGCUCCAUGGCUAGGUGUGCAAGUUGAUCUCUUGCACCAGCCAUGGGCGGUGGCGCGUCCAAGAAGAAGAAAGCAGUAGUACUGGACGACGCCGACGACGCCGCUUUGUUCGACGCGGCCUUCACGAACAAGGUGCUCAACGCGUGCUACCUCGAUACGCGCGAAAUACGACAGCGCCUCACUUCAUCUGAAGCGAAGCUGCGGUGUGACUGCGGCGCGUAUAGUGCCAGGUACGGUUCUCUAGUAUUCCGAGGGUUAUAUGCGGACGAGCCGACGAAGCCCUGCCAGGACAGGUAUGGCAUGGUGGAAACAAAUGGAGACCCGUGGUUUCUAAUCCUCGACGGCCACGGUCCGAAUGGCCACGCCUGCGCCCAGUUCUGUUUGGAGGAGCUGCCUCGAAGCUUUGAGGACGCCCAAGGUUCUGUUGAGGAGCAUCUUACGCAGGCCUCGGUAUCAACGAACCGUGCGCUCCACAAAUCAAAAGUCGAGUCGCGCGACUCGGGCACGACGUGUGUCUCGUUGCUCGUGGAUGGUGGUGUGUUGUACUGCAGCAAUGUUGGGGAUUCUAGAUGCGUCCUCGGGCGUCGAGAGAACAAUUCAAUCAAAGCCAUAGCCCUAUCAAAAGAUCAGACGCUCUACAGACAAGACGAGCGGCAACGCAUCGAAGCAAGUGGUGGAAGAGUCCUCUCAAUAGGCCAGAUCGAAGGUAGUGUACCGAUGGACCAUAUCUGGAAAUGCGACCUCGGCAGUGAAAUCGAUUCAGACGGCGACCCGCCCAGGCUGUGGCGCAAGGACGCGUACGAGCCCGGCACGGCGUUCUCGCGUUCUUUAGGUGAUUUUACAGCUCAAGAGCUCGGGUGUUCGUCCACGCCGGAAGUCCAACAGCACGUCAUCGAUGCUUCAGAUGUCUGUUGCGUGCUCGCGACCGACGGGGUGUGGGAAUUUCUGACAAGUCAGGAAGUUAUUGAUAUUUGUGUGUCCUGCAAGACCCCGAAGGAAGCCUGCUACAAGAUCGUGGCCGAGUCCUAUCGACGGUGGUACGAGCGGGAGGAACGGAUUGAUGAUAUCGCUUGUUGCGUGUUGUAUUUCGACGGUGCUUCCGUUGCGUCUCCUCCUCCGUCGUUGCGGGAGCCGGGCGCCGCGCCGCCGCCGCGGCUCCGGCGCCGCGGCUCGAUCGUAGCCCCCGCCGCCGCCGCGCCCCCGCCUUAGACCGUCGCGCCGACCCUGUGGCCCCGAUAAGCUAUGUUCGUCCGUG